CUUCCCCCGUCCUUCACCAUGCCUCUAAUCCCCACCCUUUGUGGAUUUCUCUUGUUCCUAUACAUCCUACCAUGCUGUGCUGCCAAAGACACCAUCACACCUGGUCAAGCACUUGUCGGCAGUGAGAAGCUCAUCUCCAGCAAUGGCAAGUUUGCACUCGGAUUCUUCCAGACAGGCAGUAAGUCCUCCCAAAACACCCUGAACUGGUACCUAGGUAUUUGGUUCAACAGAGUUCCAAAAUUAACUCAAGUAUGGGUUGCGAAUGGUGACAACCCACUCACUGAUCAGACUUCAUCUGAGCUUAAAAUCUCUGAUAAUGGCAACCUUGUCAUCUUCAGCAGAGCCACCAACUCCAUGGUCUGGUCCACACAAGCAAAUACCACAACCAACAACACCGUAGCUAUACUAUUGAACAAUGGAAACCUCAUUCUACAGAACUCCACAAACUCAUCUGAUGUAUUAUGGCAGAGCUUUGACUAUCCCACAGAUACUUUCCUCCCUGGUGCAAAACUUGGUUGGGACAAGGUUACAGGUCUGAACCGCCGUCUUGUUUCUAGGAAGAACUCGAUCGACCUAGCUCCUGGAAGAUAUUGUGAGGAGUUAGACCCAGGUGGUGCUAAUCAGUAUAUCAUUACAUCAUUGAACUUUUCGAUACCAUAUUGGUUCAGCGGGGUAUGGAACGGCCAAUACUUUCCCUCAGUGCCCGAGAUGGCAGGACCUUUUCUUUUCAAUUUUACAUUUGUCAACAAUGACCAAGAGCAGUACUUCACAUACGACUUACUAGAUGAAAGAACGGUUACCCAUCAUUUAUUGGAUGUCUCAGGUCGAACAAAGACAUUUGUUUGGCUUGAGAGCUCACAGAAAUGGUUAAUGAGCUACGCUCAACCCAAAGCUCAGUGUGAUGUCUAUGCUGUAUGUGGGCCUUUCACAGUUUGUAAUGAUAAUGAACUUCUUUUCUGCAACUGCAUGAGGGGUUUCUCCAUAAGAUCGCCAAAGGAUUGGGAGCUAGAUGAUCGAACAAGUGGAUGCAUGAGAGAUACUCCAUUAGAUUGUGUUAGCAACAAAAGCACAGGAAGUUCAACCGACAAAUUCUAUUCUAUACCAUGUGUUAGGCUACCUCCUAACGCCUACAACAUAGAAGCUGCAACCAGUGCAGAUAAAUGUGGAACAGUUUGCUUAAAUAAUUGCUCAUGCACUGCAUAUUCCUAUGGCAAUGGAGGGUGCUUAGUCUGGCACGACGAAUUACUCAAUGUAAAACAGCAGCAGUGUAAUGACGUAACUGAUACUGGUGGAGGAACUCUAUACCUUCGCCUUUCUGCGAAAGAGGAGCAAAAUCAGAAAAGCGGUGCAAGAAGAACGGUGAUUGCCAUUGGCCUUGCUGUAAGCUUUGCCAUCUUGUUUUCUCUGGCACUGGUACUAAUGAUUUGGUGGAACAAGAGGAAAAGGUAUAGCUUCACAUGGAACAACGCUCAAGGUGGUAAUGGAAUUGUUCCAUUUAGAUAUACUGAUUUGCAGCAUGCAACUAAAAAUUUCUCAGAAAAGCUAGGAGAAGGUGGCUUUGGUUCAGUAUUCAAGGGAUCUCUGCAUGAAUCGACAACCAUAGCAGUAAAAAGACUCGAUGGUGCAUAUCAAGGAGAGAAACAAUUCAGGGCUGAAGUAAGCUCAAUUGGGCUUAUCCAACAUAUAAAUUUAAUUAAGCUAAUUGGCUUCUGUUGCAGCAGCGAUAGCAAAUUGCUUGUCUAUGAAUAUAUGCCGCAUCGCUCCCUUGACAUUCAUUUAUUCGCAGGUGAUGCUCAAAUCUUGAACUGGAGUACUAGGUAUCAAAUAGCUCUAGGAAUUGCUAGAGGACUAGCCUAUUUGCAUGAGAGCUGUCGAGAUUGCAUUAUACACUGUGACGUUAAACCUCAAAACAUACUUCUAGAUGAAUCAUUCACCCCCAAAAUUGCAGACUUUGGAAUGGCAAAGUUUUUAGGAAGGGAUUUCAGCAGGGCUUUAACUACAAUAAGAGGAACCAUAGGAUAUCUUGCACCUGAAUGGAUUGGUGGAGGGGCCAUCACACCGAAAGUUGACGUUUACAGCUAUGGAAUGCUUUUGUUCGAAAUUGUUUCAGGGAGGAGGAACUCACAUAUUGAACGUAAUGAUGAUACUUAUUUCCCUGUGCAAGUUGCAAGUAAGCUUCUUGUCGGAGAUGUUGGAAGCUUGGUGGAUCACAAAUUGCAUGGCGAUUUCAAUCUAAAGGAAGCCGAAAGGGCUUGUAAGGUUGCUUGUUGGUGCAUCCAAGACAAUGAGACCGAUCGACCGACGAUGGGUGAAGUGGUUCAGAUACUUGAGGGUUUAAUAGAACUUGACAUUCCUCCAAUGCCAAGACUACUCCAAGCUAUUGCAGGAGGCUCUCAUUCAGCAUGAGUUUAGUCUUAAAAUUCCAAGGGUUUCAGCCAGGCAGAGUCA